GCACUGGAGUUACUCGCACCUUCAGCUCAGUGGCGUCAACUCGCGCUCACCUUGCCCGGAUGAGAAAGUAAACUUUUUGGUGAAUUCUCCUUCAGGUUGUUGUUUUAAGGAUGGCUCUGGCGGAUGCGCUUCUGCCGUCCAUUGCUGGCUUUCCCAGCGCACAGGUUUUGGAAGAAAAACAUGCGGAGAUCAUGAGGGACUGGGCGACUGAACAGACCGAGAUCGGGACAAAACCUCGCGUCGAAGUUGAAUUCAGUAUCGUAGAGUCCCCGCCGCAGACUAAGGACGAGGACGAGUUGUCCAGGUUUUUGGAUCUCGAGUUUAUUCUGUCAAACUCGAUGGCAUCCCAGAGCGAGGCUCCCUCGGUUACCCCGGCGUAUCCGCUACCCGAGUCACCGGAGAGCUGCAACACCGCGUACGACGGCGCCGAUUCUGCGCAUGGGCUAGUGGCCGAGCUUCUAAGCCCAGACAUAAGCUACCGACACGACAACACGACCCAAGGACAUUUUGAUGCACCGGAAUACACUGAUUUGAGCAUGCACUUGCACCUCAGCACUCCACACGCAUCGGUUUACAAGAUCAAAACCGAGCGCCGAGAGCAGCCAUGCAUGAUGGCCAACGACUACAUGGGACACUUUUACGCACAGAAGGUUCACAGUGUUGCUCCAGUGCAGCCGUUUGUCCAGCACGUACACGACGCGUCCCGGGAGGUGAACGUUCACGUGGCGCAGCAGCAGCAGCAGCAGCACUAUCCGUACCCACCGCAGUAUCACGCCGCGCAGCACUAUCACGGACAGUACGCCGUUUUUACGGAUCCCAUGCGCCCCCAUCAUCACCCGGGGAUGCCUGGCACGGUGCUCACGCCGCCCUCGUCACCGCUGCUCGAGCUCUACGGCACGGAGGAGAACAGACCGAAGCGGGGAAGACGCGCGUGGGCUCGGAGACGAGCUGCCACGCACAGCUGCGAGUUUGCGGGCUGCGGGAAAACUUACACCAAGAGCUCGCACCUGAAGGCGCACAUGCGAACACACACUGGUGAGAAGCCAUACCACUGUACCUGGGAGGGAUGUGGCUGGAAGUUCGCCCGCUCCGACGAGCUGACCCGCCACUAUAGGAAACACACAGGACACAGGCCCUUCCAGUGCCACCUCUGCGAGAGGGCAUUCUCCCGCUCUGACCACCUUGCCCUGCAUAUGAAGAGACACAUGUGAAAACAUGUGGCUUAUCUAUUUUAAAGAACUUUUUUAAAGAGUUAGAGAAGUGGUCCAAGGGGAAAAAAGCUAAUUUAUACAUAUUUUUCCCUUUACCUCACAUCAACAUUUAACUAUGUUUGCACUGGAGUUCUUCAGCUAAUGUAUGUAACAAAUAAUGGAAGCUCAUAUCCACUGAUUAGUAUCACCAAAACUUGUGUAAAUUAGUUUUUUUUUUCAUCAUGAACUACUCCUUUAAGGCUAUGCCUGUUUUUGGACAACAGGGUUGUAAAUAUGACAGGGAUUGUGUCAACUUUAAAUUAUAGCAGUAUUUAAAAAAAAGAGAGAGAGAGAGAAUUGUUGAAAAAAAAUAAUAAGUUAUUCAGUUCAAACAUUGAAGACAGCUUUGUAAAGAAACAGGGCAGGACCCAUAUUUUUGUAUAUAUUGCUUUUUGUCUUCAUGCUUUUAAGCUGAGACAGGGGACUUUGGCAUUUGAGAUUUUUAGUAGAAUGUAGGAUCUUCUUAUGCCCCUUUUUGUACAAUGAGUUAUUAGAACUGUUCAUAUUGCAUUCAGCGUGGACUAUCAUAUCAGGUACUCAAGAAGACUUUUUUUUAAAACCCAAGUGAUACGCCUGUGCAAAUAACCUUUGUAUAUAUCAUACUUGAAUAUGGUGUGUUUUUAUGUAUAUAACCCCUGACAAAGUUUUAAAAUACAAAACAUUGAAAUCAGAAA